UACCAAUGAGUUUAUCAGUACUAAUAAUUAGAUCAAUAAUGGGCUGCAUUUGUGGAAUGCUUGAUUUUCAUUUGAGUUUUAUGACUCAGUUUUUAGAUUGGGAUUUUUUAUUUUUAUUUUUUUGGAUGAGAAGUGUGAUUUCAUUAAGUAGGGAACUCCCAAUAAAGAAACGCCUUCUACUGAUGUUUGAUCAGAUAAUCAGCAAUUGUUCCACAAUUAAAAAUUGCAGAGAGUUGCUUGUAGGCUCAGAGAGGUUGUGGGUUUCCUUUUUUUUUUUGUCUACAGUCACAGAGUCAUUAUGUGAUAGAGAUGAGCUUUGAACACAAACUCUUCCCCCUCUCCCCCAAGAUUGGCUCUCUAUUCAAUACUACAGCAUUUUAGUAUUAGGCAAAAUUUAUUUUUGUUUUUUAUAUUUUCUGAAUGACAUGUAAAGAUUUUUUUUAACAUUCCUUUUUUAAGACUUUGAGCUCUAAAUACCCUUCCUCCUUUCUUCACCUCUUUCUUCCUUGAGAAAGCAAUCAAUUUGAUAUUGAUUAUACAUGCAUAGUCAUGUAAAACAUAUUUCCAUAGUAACCAUGUUAUAGAAAAAAACAGAACAAAAAAAAUCAACUCAAGAAAAAUAAAGGAGGUAAAAAAAGUCUGCUCCAAAUUAAAUUUAUAUUCUCUCAAUUCUUUUCCUAGAAGUAGAUAGCAUGUUUCAUAUAAGUCCUUUGGGAAGGGGGCAGCUGGGUAGCUCAGUGGAUUGAGAGUCAGGCCUAGAGAAGGGAGUUCCUAGGUUCAAAUCUGGCUUCAGACACUUCCCAGCUGUGUGACCCUGGGCAAGUCACUUAACCCCCAUUGCCUCUUCUUUACUACUCUUCUGCCUUGGAACCAAUACAUAGUAUUGAUUCCAAGACAGAAGGUAAGUGUUGUAAAAAAAUAAGUCCUUUGGAAAAUAGCUGCAUUGUGAAGAUGAAGAGACUAAAGCCCAGAGAGCUCAUGGUCCUAUGAUCUUAUAACCUGAGCCAAUUUAAGAUUGGUGCAUCAGAGCCAGAGCUAGAACCCCCAACCUAUGUUGAUGGUUGGUUAGUAUUGGGACUUGGUUUUAUAAAAUACAUUCCAUAGAAUGUAGACUCCUUGAGACAGAGACUCAAUUUUUUGUUUUUGUAUCCCCAGUACCUAGGACAGUACCAAGCAUAUAGUAGACAUUUAAUCAAUGGUUGAUGAUUGACACUGAGCCCCAUCUAAUUCCUUAAGACAUAUGAAGGUCUUGGACCUUCCAAGGUCAAGGAAGAGCAGUAGGAAUUCAGCCAAACUGUAGGUUCAACAACCUCAGGGUUGAGGACAGUCUCCUUCCUCCUUGGCCUGAUUGGCCCCUCAUAAAACCCUAAAGUAGGGUGAGGAAUAGUGGGGUGAUUUGGGGGCUGGGCAGAGGCUUCCAAGAGACUUUAUAAACCUCCAGCAGGGAGUCCCUUCAUUGAGUCUCCUCCUGAGUCUGAAGUUACUUUCUUCCUCCUCUCCAACCAACUUCCUUUCAACAUGAGCUUCAGUGGCAAAUAUGAAGUUGAAAGUGAAAAGAACUACGAGGCAUUCCUGAAUCAGUUGGGAAUCUCCAAGGAUACCAUUGAAAAAUACAGGAACUUCAAGACCCUCACUGAGGUGGUUCAGGAUGGGAACAACUUUACCUGGAUCAAUACUUAUCCAGGGGGUCAAAUCAUGACUAACAAAUUCACCAUUGGCAAGGAGUGUGAAAUGGAGACCAUGGGAGGCAAGAAGUUUAAGGCCACAGUGCAGAUGGAGGGAAACAAGAUAGUGGCGACCUUCCCCAACUAUCAACAAACCUCUGAGAUCGUUGGAGGAAAACUGGUGGAGAUCUCCACUAGCGGAGGUGUGACCUACGAAAGAGUCAGCAAGAAAUUGUCCUAGGCAACUAAAAUUCCGGAACCUUCCCUACAGGGAUAGGGGAAAAACUUCAAUAAAGCCAGUUUUAAAUAC